GGGCUCCAAGAUGCCCACCAGCAGCCGGCACAACCCGAAAAAGUCGGCUGGGUCCGGAAAUUCUGCGGGAAAGGCAUCUUUCGGGAGAUCUGGAAGAACCGCUACGUGGUCCUCAAAGGGGAGCAGCUCUACAUCUCCGAAAAGGAGGUCAAAGAUGAGAAGAACACCCAAGAAGUCUUCGACCUGAACGACUACGAAAAGUGCGAAGAGCUCAGGAAAUCCAAAAGCCGGAGCAAAAAGAACUACAGCAAGUUCUUGCUCAGCCAUUCCAAGGAGCCGGGGAACACCGCUCCCAACCUUGUCUUCCUGGCAGUGAGUCCGGAGGAAAAAGAGUCCUGGAUCAACGCUCUCAACUCCGCCAUCACCCGAGCCAAGAACCGGAUCUUGGAUGAGGUUACAGUGGAGGAGGAAAGCUACCUGGCUCACCCGACUCGCGAUAGGGCCAAGAUCCAGCAUUCCCGCCGACCUCCCACCCGGGGCCACUUGAUGGCUGUGGCAUCUACCUCAACGUCUGAUGGCAUGCUGACCCUUGACUUGAUCCAAGAGGAAGAUGCCGCUCCGGAAGACCGCCACACCUGCGAGGAGACCUUCCGAGUGGACCUGGACAAAUCCGUCGCCCAACUGACCGCCGGGAGACGCCGUUCAGAUUCGGAGAACGUCAAGCUGCCGGAGAAGAGCCGGACGAACAGCCUCCCACGGCGGGAGGUCAUGCCGUCGUGGGACAAGUUCUCCUACCGCAAGGACUCCUUCGACAAAGGCACGAUGUACACCCCUCAGGUGCCCAAGCGGCUCACCCUCUCCGAAAAGAACAAGUGCGCCUCGAUGGAGGAGAUCCUCUCUUGCCGGGACUCGUCCUCGACACACCGGGCCGUCUUGAGGAGAGGCCUGGAGGACCAGUUUGCCUCGGUGGAGCCCGAGCGGCUGACCCGCAUCCAGGAACUCGUCGCCUUGAAACUUGAAAAGACGCAGGAACUUCUGGCAGAGGUGAGGGGCUACGGGGAAGGGAAGCGGACGGAGCCUCCGGCCACCGCGUCGCCGACGUCCGCCGCCUCCUCCGCCGCAACCCCUUCCUCGCCGGCGUCUUCAUCCAAGUUGGACUCGGGGGCGAUGCUGCAGGAGUCGGAGCGGCUGCUGGGAGAGGCCUCCUCCCACUGGAGCCAAGCCCAGCAAGUGCUCCAAGAGGUCACCGAACUGCGGAACCUGUACAAGCAGCUCGAACUCCAGCUCUCGGACCCGAAAUCCGCGCAAUCGCAAUACAGGAAAAGCCUGAUGUGACCGUCCUGGGGCUUCUAGGCGGGAAGGACGGUCACAGAGGGUUAAUAAGGAGUGGGUGUGUAUUCUUUUUUUCCAAUUAUAAUGAUUUACGGUGUUUGAUGCAUACAUACGAGGUGCCUGUCGUUCACCCGAGCCUCAGUUUCUCCCCUCACUUCCAUCGUCCCGCUCGACCCUCUUCCUUCCUCUCUAGUAUGGAAGCCCAUUCCGAUAAAUCAGGGUUGUUUUCAUUAUUUCCGUUGGAGAUACAACACAA